AUGAAGAUGAAAUGUCAAGGGAAUGCUCGAGUUCAAAGGGCUCAACUCAACCGCCUUCGCAGAGAGUUUGAGGUCCUAGCUAUGAAACAAGGUGAAGCAAUUGGUGAUUAUUUUAGCCGAGUGAUGAUGAUUGCAAAUGAUAUGAGAAAUUACGGAGAGGAUAUGGCUGAUGUCAAGAUCGUAGAGAAGAUCUUGAGAACCCUCACUAAAAAAUGGAACUAUAUAGUUUGUUCCAUAGAAGAGUCAAAGGACAUUGAUGAGCUCUUUUUUGAUGCUUUGCAGAGUUCUCUUCUUGUCCAUGAACAAAAGUUUAAGAAAGAUGGAGACGAAGAACAUGCUCUCAAGGUGUCCUAUGAUGAAAGAAAUGGUGGAAGAGGACGAGGAAGAAGCACUUUCAGAGGAGGAAGAGGCAGAGGCAGGGGUCGACAAAGUUACAACAGGGCGACCGUCGAAUGCUACACAUGCCAUUAGCUAGGACACUAUCAGUACGAGUGUCCAAAUUUAUCGAAGCAAGCAAACUAUGUUGAGCUUGAAGAAUCAGAAGAGAUGCUGCUUAUGGCAUAUGUUGAAUCUUCUAGAAUCAAUCAACAAGAUGUGUGGUUUCUGGACACUGGAUGCAACAACCAUAUGUGUGGUGAUUCUUCACUAUUC